AUGAGCUUGUGCAAGUUCCCUCUCCCAGCAGCAGUGCAACAUGGACCAGACAGAAGUGCUAAAGCCCAACACCCUAGAAGAACUGAUCCAGAUCCUGCAUGAGAUAUUUGCCAGUGAUAAAGUGAAUAUAGAGGAGGUGCAGAAUAUAGUAGAGUCCUAUGAAAGCAACCCAAGGGAAUGGAUGAAAUUUGCCAAGUUUGACCAGUACAGGUACACCCGAAAUCUUGUGGAUGAGGGAAAUGGAAAGUUCAAUCUAAUGAUCCUAUGCUGGGGAGAAGGACAUGGCAGCAGUAUCCAUGACCAUGCAAACUCCCACUGCUUCUUGAAAAUCCUUCAGGGAAGCCUCAAAGAAACUCUGUAUGAGUGGCCCAAGAAAAAAAGUAACACUGAGAUGGUGAAGAAGGCAGAAGGUGUUUUGAAGCUUAAUCAGUGUGCCUAUAUUAAUGAUUCCAUUGGCCUCCAUCGUGUAGAGAACCCAAGCCACACAGAGACUGCUGUAAGCCUCCAUUUAUACAGCCCACCAUUUGGUGAAUGCAACACAUUUGAUCAAAGAACAGGACACACAAAUUCAGUGAAAAUGACAUUUUGGAGCAAAUACGGUGAAAGGACUCCCUUUGCAAUUGCACAGUCACAGGAAAAUAACUAAACUGGAUCCAAAUCACUGGAAACCAUGAAAAAACCUGAGGAAUGUUGGAAAUAUUGUAGAUUUGCCCAAUGUGACCAAACUGCACCUGUAGAACUUGUAAAAAAAAAAAAAAGAAGGAAAUAUGGAUCUAUUGGCGGCAUUUCUAAAAGAAAUUAACAUUUUAAUUCCCUGUUUAAAAAUGAACUGUACAGUUAUGCGAUGCUUUGAAAUUAGAAACCUCUGCAUUCAAAUUGGAAAUUAAUGUUUUCAUUUUUGUAAAGCUGCUUUCCUGUGAAACUUUGACAAUUUCUGCUGAAUAUCCUUGAAUUUUUGUAAUCGUUUUGAAUGCUUUCGUUGCAACAUGUACAUUUUCUGAUCAAAAUAUUUUUAGACAAAACCCCGAUCCUAUGAAUUUGGCAUGCUCAUCCGUGUUAUUUUUUAAAGUCUCUUUAUGAGUCUGUUUCCUUGUACUGUUGUUCAUGUUAAGUUCGAUAAGAUAACACUUAUCAUCAUAUUGUAGUGAUUUAACUAACAAGAAGGAAAACAAUCCUCCUUCCGUGAUUCAGCAAUUCAUUUAGCAACUUUGAUUUGAUGUUUCUUGUGUGUGUGUGUGUGUGUGUGCGUAUGUCUCUGUUUUUAAAACCAUAAAAACGUGUUGACUCCAGUAAUCGUAGAGAUUUUGAUCAAUUCUACUUUUUUUUUUCUUUAUUUACAACACGGUACCUUGUACUUGUUAAAUAAGCCAGCGUAAAGCAAUGGCACAAAUAAUCCUACUGGUUGUUUUUAGUAGCCUUUAAAGCAUGGUGCUCCACAAUACUGCAAUAGCCAUUAUAUGGAACACAGUGGGCCCAAGCAUUCCAGAUAAUAGAUCCCAUAACUGGACUGUUAAAAAAAAAAAA